AUGCACGGCCCUUUGCCGUCAGUAGAGAGAGAUGUAACUGGGACUGGGCCCUUUGUGGAUGAUGGGGACGAAUUCCAUUUUGCCCCACGUUCCAGUCUACCCAAGAGCUUGAUCACUUGGCGGCCACAGAACGCACCGCUAUUCACCAUCUCACCCCCGGGGUAUGCUGAUACUUUGAGAAUUUACCCGUCACGCGCCAAUCUCACAGGUGACUCCAGUUUUGUCGCCGGUAAUGACAGCCAGGCUUUCAUUUCUCGAAUGAUGUCUAGCACACUGUUUAUAUAUUCCGUGGAUAUCUCCUUCCGGCCCGUUCAUGAGGGCGAGGAGGCCGGCAUUUCAGUGUUUCUGACCCAGCUACAACAUAUUGACCUAGGAAUCGUUCUUUUGGAGUCCACGGAUGGAGAGGCGCGAGUCCACAUUCGUUUUACGGCGGAGGCAUCGGGGAAACCAGGCGUUGUAGUUCCGGACACCGCGAUUUUGCCUGUUCCGUCACCAUGGCUUCAAGGUCCAAUUAGGCUGCUGGUCUCAACACCAGACGAUAGUACAUUUCAGUUUUCGGCAGCUCCAGCAUCCACACCAGAAAAAGCCAUUGUUCUUGGCCGUGCGAGUGCGGAGAUUGUUAGCGGGGGGACCGGCAAAUUCACUGGUAAGUCUUCGGUGUGA